GUGACCAACAUGUUUCUUCUGACUGUAAUAAAUAAUGUUUUGGAUCAGCCUAGUUAAAGUCCAGACUUGAAUGUGACAGGAAGGUAAAUAUGGUGAUGGUGAGGAGGCCUUCCAACCUCCCAGAGCUGCAGCAAAAGGAUUUCUGUUGAUUAUUGAGAAGGUUAUAAAUAAUUCUUGUUUUAUGUAAAAUGUAAACUGGUUGAUUUUAUCUUAACUGCAUAUAAACAAUGUUUCUGAAUGUCAAACUGUACAAACUUCAUCCCCACAUCUGGUCGUAUUUUUUAACCUUAAACUUUUUUUCCUCUCUAAUAUUUUUAAAGUCUCUCUUCUGAUAGGAACCUGAAGUUCUGGUUGGGUCGGUCCAGGUUCUGUUUUGGUCAAUCCAGACAGACACAGACACAUCAUGGCUGCUGCAGAAUCAGAUCUGCAGCCUGUUAAACGCAGCAACAGCCUGGAACUAAUUCCUCCUUCCUUGUCUGAGCUCAGACUGGUUCUACUGGGAGGAAACUGGUCUGAGAGGAGAUCAGUGGGGAACUUCAUACUGGGAUGUGAUGGAUUCACCACAUCAUCAAACAUAUUUAAUCAGAUUUCUGCUCCACUGAAAAACAAACAAUUAUCUGUGAUCAACACUCCAGAUGUUUCGUUCCACACAGCAGAAAAACUGACAGAUUUCAUUAGAAAAUGUUCUGAAGUCUCUGAUCCUGGACCUCAUGUCUUCCUGCUGGUUGUUCAGCCUGAAAGUUUCACUGAAUAUGAGAAAGAUAAGAUCUACAGAAUCCUUCAAGGCUUCAGUGAUCAAUCAUUUGAUCAUUCAUUGGUAUUGAUCCUGAAGUCCAGACAGAAAGGUUCUGUGUUCGGUUCUCCUCUGAAGGAUCUAAUCAGAAAAUGUAGCUACAGAUGUUUAAAGAUGGAGGAAACUGAACAUGAGCAGCUGCUGAUUCGCUUUGGACAAAUUGUGAAAGAAAACAAUGGAGAACAUGUGAGACAUAAAGAGUUUGAAGAAGCAGCAGCGACUUUACCGUCAGACGAUCAGGCUCAGAAACAACCAAGAUCCAGACCUGCUGCUGUUAAAUCCAAAGUAGAUCAGACUCUGCCACCUUUAAACCUGGUUCUGUUUGUAAAGUCCACCAUGGUCCAGAAGUGA